AUGGCUAAUUUUCAUACUUCCUUUCUUUCGAUUCUCAUAGUCAUCAUUACCAUAUCAUCAGCCUCAAUCUCAUCAUCAACCUGUCAUAAACUGAACGAUAAUGAAAUAAAGCACUUGUGCUCGAAAACCAGCAAUUUACUAAAUUGUUACAAACUCAUAAAAACCGAUAAUCGCACCACAAAUCACGGCUCGAACGGCCUUGCAAACUAUUUAAUCGAGAUGGCUACUCAAAAGGCUAAGAAAAUCCAAGCCGAGCUCAACUCUUUCGCCAAUAAGGCAACACAACAUUCUGAAUUGAGAAAAAAAUACAGUUUGGUCUCCAAAAAAUACAGCGAAAUCAUUCGUAACCUUGAAGCUGCAAAAAAAGACAUUAAAUCGCAUGCGUACAAGAAUUUGUAUGGUCCGGUGAAGAGUGCUUAUGAAGAAACUGUAAAGAGUGUUAAAUUGCUAGGGGGAUUUAUGGAUCAUCGCGCGCACUUGCAGAAGCAGAAUAAAGACCUCGAAUUUGUUCUUAGCAUAGCUAAAGCUGUUGGAGAUGGUCUUAACAAGAAGUAG